ACACUUCAUCCCACGGCAGAGGGGCCCAUAUGUCCACCCCCAUCCCCCAACCCUCUUUCUGCAGGCCAACUCACUCUCCCUUGCUGUUGUUCAUACUUCGAUAGUUGCUGUUCACCACCAGGACAGCUGUCACUUCUCACAUUGGUAGCUGUCAAGUCUACAUACGUGCUCGCUGUCGUACAACAGCAGCCACGAUUACCGUACCGGGUCUGAUAUUCUCGCCACCAACAGGCACUUGCCAGUUCAGCAACCAAAUUCUCCCCUACGUCUUCCCCUUGAGAUCUACCUGUUCGCAUUCCAAGGGCCUUUAAUUGCAUCAAUUGGUUCCAUUCGUCCACGUCAACAACUACAACACCAUGUUCUAUGUUAUGUACCUUACAGGUCUUUGCCAGCGUCGUCACUGGCCCGAUCCUCUCUUCCAGACGUUCCGGACUCGUUACGGCUAUGGCUGCACUGUUCGGGUGAACAAUCGGGAGUACUCAACUGAUGUCGAGUACGAGACCGACGAGCUCGCGAAGAACGCUGCCGCUACCCGUGCCUACAUGAUCUGCAGGAACUUCUCUGUCAAUGACGGCAUGUAUCCCGGCCAACGCCCCGGACAGGGUGGCCUCGUCCAGGGACUUCCAGUGGCCAUUGGGACGGGUAGGAGGAACACCUGUUCGUCCAACGACUUCGAUAGCGUCAGCUCCUCCAGCGGGGAUACGAGCCCCAGGGGUAGUGACUGCGGCCUCGAUGCAGAGAGAUCCGACCGUAGAACCAGCAAUGCCUCGGCGUCGACCACGACCUGUUAUUGCGGCCGUGGGACUGUCCGUGCAUAUGAGCGAUGCACAUCAUGCCUGCGUGAUGCCGGCUAUAGAAUCUAGAUGGCGGUAUUCUGAUUUCCAACGCAUACAACGUUAUGCACGAUUCCUUCAAUGGACUGCAGGAAAACAAAAAAGGCGGAAACGACAUGA